CGGAUUCCGAGAUACCCCAGGGCGCCCCGGAAGCUUUGUUCGAAUUAGCAGCGGUGAUAGCCUUGUCCUCGAGCCCCUAUCAUCAGUUGAACUCUGCGCCAUCUUCCGAGAGCUCGACAUCACUUCGCAUCACGAAAUUUGCCCGCAUUGCCCCUGAUGCUCCCAUCAAGCCGCCCCAUCAAUUGAUCCCCGCCCAGCGAACGGUUACCUUGGAUAUACAUAGCCAGCAACUGUAACCCCAAUCCAACCAUCCGCGGAUGACCACCGGGCUUUGUCCCGCCGCGGUGGAGGGAUGCAGUCGUCAAAGGUGAAGGCUGAGACGCUUGGACGUAAGGCCAAGCUCACCCAGUCAUACCAGGAGCUUCUUGAUGAAUUCUCAAACAAGGACCUCAAGUCGGUUGGAAACUAUACCCUGGGCCGGCUGAUCGGGAAGGGCUCGUUUGGCAAAGUCUAUCUCGCCACGCACAAGCUCACAAACGGCUCCAAGGUCGUUCUCAAGUCGGCGAACAAGGACGAUUCAAACCUCGCUCGGGAGAUCCACCACCACCGCCAGUUCGUCCACCCCCACAUCGCCCGCCUGUACGAGGUCAUCGUGACCGAGAGCUUGGUCUGGCUGGUCUUGGAAUACUGUCCAGGCGACGAGCUGUACAACUACCUCUUGAAACACGGCAAGCUACCCGUCGACAAGGUCCAGAAGACGUUUACGCAGCUCGUCGGCGCCGUGUGCUACGUCCACCAGCAAUCAUGCGUCCAUCGGGACCUCAAGCUCGAGAACAUACUUCUCGACAAGCACGAGAAUGUGAAGCUGUGCGAUUUUGGCUUCACGCGAGAGUACGAGGGAAAGGCAAACUACCUGCAGACGUUCUGCGGGACAAUAUGCUACUCGGCGCCCGAGAUGCUCAAGGGGGAGAAGUAUGCGGGCGAAAAAGUGGACGUGUGGAGCCUGGGCGUCAUCCUCUAUGCGUUGCUCUGCGGAGAGCUACCCUUCGACGACGACGACGAUAGCGUCACGCGGACCAAGAUCUUGACGCUGGAGCCCAACUACCCAGAUCACAUACCCCCCGACGCCCUGUCCCUGCUGAAGAGUUUGCUCUCGAAGCGGCCUCUCCUUCGGCCGACGCUGCCCGACAUCCUGGCCCAUCCGUUCCUUGCUGAGUACGCGCCCCAGCAGCAGGAGAUUCUCAAGGUGGAGCGACCCGAGCCGUUCUCGACGCCUCUCGAGAAAGAGACGCUGCACCGGAUGCGCAGCGCGGGGGUCGAUAUCGACUCGGUCAUCGAGAGCGUGCUGGCGCAGAGAUGCGACGUGUUGGCCGGUUGGUGGACCCUUCUGAUCGAGAAGGAGGAGCGGAAACAGAAGAGGAGAGAGCGGAAGCGCAAGGAGAAGGAGUUGGAGAAUAGGACUUCGAGACGCUUCUCGCAGGCUUCCAGCCGGCUGAACGCCUUGGCGACCGUCGAGGAAGCACAGCUUGCGCAUUCGUCCGAUCCGCCACCGCCGAGGACGCGAGGGAGAAGCGAGCGGAGGAGCGGCUAUUUUCCCAGCCUGGCGAUCCCCGACAUGCCCGAUCUCUCCGACCUGGCCAAGGUUGCGAACGGCAAUCUCAGUCCCGAGAGUGAAGCGCCGCCACCGCCCAUCGACAAGGACUCGAUUCGAUCCGUCAGCUCCUCCAGGCACCGCAAGCCGAUACCCCCGCCGAAGGAGGGAGUCCUGCGCAGCGCACGGUCUCGCGGAUCGACCCUGCACCUCGUGACGACUAGCGAUGCAUUGGGCGCCAACGGCGCCUCGCAAGGAGACCCGAAGAAGGUCAAGAAACGGCCGUCACACGCCAUCAUGGCCACCUGGAAGAACUGGACGCACUGGCUGUUUGAGAACACCGCUGGGAGGCGUCAUAAAAACUCCAAUAAGCGGGGGAGUCAAUCAACGCCGAACCUCGUCUCCUCCAAGCCGGCCAGCGGGAAGGAGGGCAAGUCGCAGGCAAACAGCCCGCGGCCACAGACGAGCAAGUACCCGGCCAGCAGCUCCCGCGCAGCCCCACAAACCGCCAGCCUCCCCAAGGGCGUCGUUGCUAACGGCUACACCGCAAGGGGCGGCCCGUCCUCCGCCGCCGCCCUCUCCUCGCACCCUCCUCUCUCCCCGGGCCUCAUCACCCCGCCCAUCCCCUCCUCCAACCACGCCCCGCGCCUGCACACCUCAGGCUCGUCCUACAAGCGCCAUUCCCUCUCCCCUUCGCCUCUAACCCCGCGCUCGACGGUCCGCCGCUCGUCGGGCCAGAUGACGGGCCUCCGCGGCCGCAAGUCCACGUCGUCGUCCGUCUCGUCGGUGCGGUCCCUGCACCACACCACCCACCACACACACUCCCACAGCAAGGCCAGCUCGACCAGCUCUAACGGGUCCGUGUCGACGUCGGUGGCGUCCAAGACGCCGAUGCAGAGUACACGGUCGCCGCAUCAUUCGGUCAAAGUGCUGCCUGCCACGCCGACGGCGGGGACGUUCCCCGGGUUUCCGAGUAAUAUCCGGCUGGUUAGGGAUCGCGCCGGGCCGCCGUUGAGCAUUUUUAAUACGGAGGGGUUGGCUGGGGUGGGUGUGAUGGGUUCGGGAUCGGUGGGCGGGCACGGUGGGUAUGCGUAUCGGCAUGGUGGUGGAAUUUCACCCGUCAUCGCGGCGCCGGGGAGUCCGAAUCCGUUUUUUGCUUCAUCGGGGCAUGGAAAUGGGAAUGGAAAUGGGAAUGGAGGUGGGGUGGUGUUUGCGAAGCGGAAGAGGAAUCUGUUCAAGGGGCCUAUGUUGAGCCUGUCGGGGCAUCAUUUUGGGGGGUUCCAUCAUCAUCAUGGCUCGAGGGAGGGGAAAAGCGGGGUUGGAAAGGGAGGAGGUGGUGGUAUUGGUGGGGUUGCCGGGAGUGGGAGUAGUGGGAGCCAUUCGAGGAGUGCGAGCGCCAGUGGGUUGGGCGCUGGGAGGAGGAGUGGGGAGAUGGCGAUUCAGGAGGAGGAUGAGGAUGAGGAGGCCGAGGUUGAGGCGGAGGCGGCUGCUGCUGCGACCGCUGGGACUAAAACUGGGACGGGGACUGGUGCGGGUGUGUUUGCGAUGGGUGAUGUGGGCGAGGAAGGCGAAGGGGAAGAGGAGGUGGAGGAGGUGGAGGCGUUUAGUCCCAUUGUCAAAAGGCCUGGGGAGAUUGUAGAGGAGAACAUUUAUGAGGAGGGCGAGGAGGAGGCGGAAGAAGUCGCAGGGUUGCAGCCACCUGUGGAGAUCAGGGCUGCCACGGCGGUGGCGGGUAAGGCGGAGAGUUGAUAUGUUGUGGGCGGCUGUCAGAGGGCUUGGCGGGAUUUGGUUUUGCUUGUGAUGGAGUGGUGUAUUACUUGGUGUACAGUUGCUUCUGUUUUGGGGGUUCAUUUCUCUUUUCUUUGUUUUGAUGCCUUGUACAUGUGUUGAUUGGGGAUACCACU